AUGCUUGUGUUCAUUAAAACUGUAUUAGUUUGUGUUGUUAACGGGGAACCUCUAGUUCCACCAUUGUGCAUUUUUGGGGACUCUGUAGUUGAUGUGGGAAACAACAACAAUUUGAGGACACUAAUCAAAGCAAACUUCCCUCCUUAUGGAAGAGAUUUCAUCACCCACAUACCAACAGGAAGGUUCUGCAAUGGAAAGCUUACCACAGACUUCACCUCUGAGUACCUGGGAUUCACCUCUUACCUACAUGCGUACCACAGCCAAAAAGCCAAAGGUAAAAAUAUUCUCACUGGCGCCAACUUUGCUUCAGCUGCUUCUGGUUAUUAUGACAGAACAGCACAGCUUUACCGUGCUGUGACAUUGACACAGCAGCUAGAAUACGAAAGGGAGUGGCAGAUCAAAGUAGUGAAUUUGGUACGGAAGGUCAGAGUUAAUGCUAUAUUCUCAGGAGAAAUACACCUAAUAAGUGCAAGGAGCAGUGAUUUUAUUCAAAACUAUUACAUCAAUCCGUUUCUCAAUGGAGCUUAUUCGCACUAUCAGUUCUCAGAUAUUCUUAUGAAAUCACACUCUACCAUUGUACAGAGUUUUUCUGAACGCGAAUGGAUAUGGACAUCAACUUUUAUAUCUUCACAGAAUUUGUACCGGCUGGGAGCAAGACGAAUUGGAGUUACAACCCUACCACCAACUGGCUGUUUGCCAGCAGCCAUUACGUUAUUUGGUUCAGGAAGAAACCAGUGUGUGGCAAGGCUGAAACUAGAUGCUAUUUCAUUCAACAACUAA